GUUCAUUAAUUUACAUUAUAUCUAAUUGUUUUGAUUUUAUUGUCAAAUCAAUUCAAUUAUUUCUAUUUUACAAUUCAACAUCAAUAAGAACGCAAUUAAUAGAUAUACAUACAUACAACCAAAAUGUUUCGAAUCGUUUCAAUUUUAAAAACACCGAAGCUGAACUACUCAAAUGCCUAUAGAUUUGCUCAUAAGAUGCCCGAGCAUUUAAAAGAUAUUGCAACAUCUAAAAAUCCAGAAUUUUCUGCAAUGAUUCAAUACUACUUCCAUGGUGCUGCUCAAUUAAUGGAAAAAGAUAUGAUUGAUUAUCUUGGAAAAUAUCCACAAAUGAAGCCGGAAAAAAAACAAAACCGAGUUAAUGUUAUCCUUGACAUGAUUGGUAACGCAAGUUGUUGUCUAGAAAUAAACUUUCCCAUAAUAAGGGAUGACGGAAAAUAUGAAAUGAUAACUGGUUAUCGGGCGCAUCAUACUUAUCACCGCAUGCCUUUGAAAGGGGGUAUCAGGUAUGCCAUGGACGUCGAUCUGGAUGAGGUCAAAGCACUGUCGUAUUUAAUGACUUUUAAGACGGCUUGUGUUAAUGUACCUUUUGGCGGCGCUAAAGGUGGUGUAAGAAUUGACCCAAAAAACUACACUCCUCGUGAUCUGCAAAGAAUCACUCGCAGAUAUACCACAGAAUUGCUGAAACGCCUAAUGAUCGGCCCAGGUAUAGACGUUCCUGCUCCUGAUUAUGGUACAUCAGGAAGAGAAAUGUCUUGGUUAGCAGACCAGUACCAAAAGACAUUUGGCUACAGUGAUAUUAAUUCACUGGCUAUAGUAACAGGCAAGCCAAUUCAUAAUGGAGGUAUUCGUGGUCGAGAAUCAGCUACAGGAAAAGGUAUAUGGAAGGCAACAGAUAUGUUCCUGAGCGAUGAAGAUUGGAUGAAAUUAAUUUCCCUAAAAACUGGGUGGCAAGACAAAACAGCUAUCGUCCAAGGGUUUGGAAAUGUGGGGAGCUAUACAGCAAAGUUUAUUCAUAGAGCUGGUUGCAAGGUAAUUGGUAUCAUUGAAUUGGACUGUUCGCUGUUCGAUGAGAAGGGAAUCGAUAUACCAGCUUUGAUAGAACAUAAAAAGCUUAACAAUACAAUUAAAGGGUUUCCAAAUUCAAAGGAGUCAACAAAAGACCUUUUAUUUGAAAAAUGUGAUAUUUUGUUUCCUUGUGCCACGCAGCAAAUUUUAACCAGUGAAAAUGCGAAUAAAGUUCAAGCUAAGAUUAUUGCUGAGGGUGCAAAUGGACCAACAACACCUGCAGCUGAUAAAAUUCUAAAAGACAAGAAUAUUCUCGUAAUACCAGAUCUUUUUUGUAAUGCUGGUGGAGUAACAGCAUCUUAUUUUGAAUACUUGAAGAACAUCAACCAUGUAUCUUUUGGAAAGAUCAGUAGCAAACGUGAACAAAGGAUGGUUGACGAAAUAUUAAGCUCUAUGACUCAUUCCUUGCAACAGGGUGGAAAGUGCAUAAAAAUAGAGCCAAACGAAAAUCUUCAAGAAUUACGCGAUUGCAACACUGAAGCCGAAAUAGUAGCCUAUGCGUUGCAACACGUUAUGGAAACAUCGGCUAUUGGUAUUAUGGAAACUGCGAAUAAAUAUGAGCUUUGUAACGACUUAAGGACUGCAGCUUAUAUUUGGUCAAUAUGGAAAAUAUUUAUGGCAAUUGAAAGUUCGGGGCUUACUAUGUAGACAAUUGUAUUCAUUACAUGUACGAGUAUGUACAUAUGUAUGUAUAUUAAUUUUUCUUAUAAAAUCCAAAAUUUUUGUAUUUGCCAAUAUACGUAAUAAAAAAUUAUUUUGUUAAUUUUGAAAUAAAAAAAAACAGGGAUGUCACUUUAUCCAUUAAAUCUACUGCCACCUUUGUAUCUGAAA